CUUGCGCACUUCCUGCUUGUACCAUUAAGGGGCGCUGGUGCUCACGCUGCCGCUCUUUAUCCUCACGAAGAAGAGUCACUUCCGUUGCUGCGCUCUGUCCGUUCUGUCACAGACGUCACUUGAAUCAUCGAGAUUGUCAGGAUGGCAGGUCGUCGUGUAGCCCUCAAGGCCAUUGACUGGGUGGCUUUCGCCGAGCGCGUUCCACCCAACCAGAGGGGCAUGUUCAACUCUCUGAAGACCAGUGAUGGCAUCGCUGCAAAGUCAGCUGAACUCCUGCCAGAGGCUCCUGCUGUCAUCGACUGGAGUUACUAUAAGGGCGCUGUCGCCAAGCCGAUGGUUGAUGACUUCGAGAAGAAGGUGAGCCCAGUCAGCCUUCAAGCCCUGCAGAUCCCCGAGCCUGUCGACACACAGACAAGUGCUAUCAAUGGACAGGAGGCUGAGUCUCAAAAGUGCAUCGCUUAUAUUGAACAAUCCAAGGCCCGCAUCGCCGGCUAUGAGCAACAGGUGAGAGAAUCCUUGAACAUGACCCCGUUCGAACAGAUGACCAUCGAGGACCUCAACGACACCUUCCCCGAGACCAAGUUGGACAAGGUCAAGAACCCCUACUGGCCCCACAAGCCCAUUGCCGAACUGUAAUCCUCUUACUGAACACUCACCUCACAAUAAGAUUAUGUAUUUUAAAA